AUGCACUCCAUGUCAACCCUCGGUCCAGCCGACCUCACCCCAACAAUAAACCCCGGCAUCCGCCGCAUCGGCUUCGCUGAGGACUUCGCCCAGUUCACCGUCGCGCACCUCCUCGUGCACGGAUGGGGCUUAAAGCGCGACAGCCCCGAAUGCACCGACCCGCCCACCGGCGACUUCGCCGCCUGGUCGCAAGGAAUCAACACGCUUUCAGUCGCGGAGCGCGAGGCGCUUCCGCGCGACGAGGAUCAGGGGACGGUGCAUACGCCCUGGCGCGACCAGGUUUAUUAUAUGUGGAAUCAUGUGUUCUAUGAUGUGGGGAAUUGGGUUAGUGGUAAUUAUGGGACGGGGAGGUUUAAUCCGCCGGGGAUCAAUGUCUUUGAGAUUCGAUUUCCUGCGCUGCAUGAGGGUGGCAAUGGAGGUGGCGAUGCUGAGCAAAAGAAGUCGGGGACACUCCCCGCUACAACAAAAGUCUGGCCCGAGUCCGAAACACUCCUUGCAGCAGCAUAUCUCGCCCCUGGUAUCUCGCUCCGUGUCGAAACGCUUGAGCCUGGACAGUCCGAGGACGAAGAGACGUUGCAUCCGGGGGACUUUACGCAUGGUGAUCGGUAUACCGUUUGGUACGUGAAGCAGGGGCUGCAGUUGCGGUUUUUCGUGGACGGAACUUGGGAGGAGGAGAGUGUGGGCGGGUUGGCGGCGGUUAUGGUUUGGGGGGCGAUGCUUGGGGAACGGAUUGUUUAUGAGGAGAGUGAGGAUGAUGAGGAUGACGCAGAGGAUGUUGGGCACAACGAGAGUGGAGAGACAAACAAAGGUGAAGAGGCAACGUAG